GCCUGAGAGAGGCGAGGCCCUGCGUGUGGGAAGCCGGAUUCAGGUUGGCGGAGGGAAGGAGUCCAGGCCCGGCAGCCAGGCGUGCAGGGGCUUCUAGAACGGGGCGUGGAGGUCUCGGUCUGAGGCAGGAGUCCGUGAGUUCACAGCGCAGGCCCUUGAGUCGCUUCGCCCAGUCCUGCCCACACCUGGGGCUGCUGCCAGACACAAGUCAUCAUGCCUGUGGGCGGGAGGAAUGAGCUCCGGAAAUUGGAGGAGGCUCCUCAGGACCCCAGAGAGGCCCAGCGCCUGGCAGAUGCGCAGCUGUAUGAGGCUUCGGGGUUUGCAGAGGCCCUGUCUCUCUCCUCCUCCCCCUCCUCCACCUCCUCCUCCCCCUCCUCCUCCCCCUCCUCCUCCUCCUCUUCCUCUUCCUCCUCCUCCUCCAGUUUCUCCUCCUUCUUCUCCUCUUGUUCCUCCCACUUAUCCUCCACUUCCUCCUCCUCUUCCUCCUCUUACUUUGUCCUGUUCCCUAAUACCCCGGAGGAGGAGUCCGCUUCUGGAGGCCCGAGUCCUCCCCAGAGCCCUCAGAGGGCCUUCCCCAACCCCAGUGCCAUGGCAGCCUCUCCCUGGAGCCUGUCUGAAGAUAGCUCCAGCUCUGCGAUGGAGGAGGGGUCUGGCACUGGGGGGGAGCCGGGGGUGGCCGAGUCCGUGCACCACGCUGCACUCCACGUGAGGGCGGUCAGCCUGGUGGGGUUCCUGCUCCAAAAGUUUUGCACCAAACAGCCGACCAGCCAGGCGGAGAUGCUGGCGAUCGUCGGCGAGGAUGAGCAGGACGCCUUCCCCGGGAUCCUGGGCCAGGCGUCCGAGUGCAUGCGGCUGGUGUUCGGCGUGGAGGUGAAGGAAGUGGACCCCAGCGAGCACUCCUACGUCCUGGUCCCCGUCCUGGGCCUCACCUGCGACGCGAUGCUGAGCGCGUUUGUCCUGACCCAGUUCAAGAGUUAUGAGUUUUGUCAGUUUUGUCAUUUCCUGGAAACCGGCGGACCCGCUGUCUCCUUGUUUGGGCUCCAGUUCAAAAUCACAACGCAUUUGGAGGGAUGGAUUGAAAAGUCGAAAGAAACGAGGAGCGACGUGAUGGGGCCAGGAACUAGAGAAAUAAAAGGAAAGUUUGUUCUUGCUUCUGAUGCCUUUCUGUCUAUCAUUGUGUACAUGCCAGAGGCACACACGCGGGGGCUCCUGCCCUGGCUUGGUUCUUCCAGAAUGGAGGAGAAAUGUCCUCUCAGCACAGAGGGAGCCCUGCUCGCUGGCUCCUUGAUUGCCAGACACACACUGAGCUCUCCUUUCUGGAAGGCCCUGUGGAUGAGCAGGGAGGACACUAGGAGAAGCAGGACACGUCGCAGCCACAGAAGUCUGUGUCGAGCAGCCCCAGUCCUAGUGGGAAGCUGGGGAGGGGUGCCCUGAGAACUGCAGAAGAAGUGGAAAAAGGAAGGCGGGGUGCAGCUCUCGCGGCGAGCACCGCAGUAGAAAUGCCAUGAGCCCAGGUGGCUGGGGCGUCUGGUCCCCAUGAUUACUUCUGGUCCCAGGUGAUUGCCAGUUAGCUGUGCUGUGACCGUGGUCCUACAUGGAGAAGGGGUGCCUUCGGUGUGGGGGUAAGUCUGGAAUGGAGAAUUGGCUCUGAGAAUACACACUGGAUCCUGCAGAAGCCCGAGCACACUCUCGUGACAGGAAGGAAGGGUGUUUGCUGCCUUCCACCUGCAUCAGAAAUUUCGAGCACAAGAAAGAGUUCUGUGGCCUUUUCGACGUUGGAUCUGUGGAGAAAUCGGAACCCUUGUACACUCUUGUGGGAAUGGAACCUGGUAGCAGCUGCUGUGGGAAAGCAUGGGGGCAGGGCCACCAAAAAGCAGAAAUGGAAAUUUCUGUAUGGGCCAGCAAUCCCAAUUCUGAGUGUACAGUCAAGGACUUGAAAGCUGGGUCUCAAAACUCCUUUGUGGGCCCAAGGUCACAGCAGCAGGAUUCAGAGAGUGUGGAAUGUAGGUGUGAUACCGUGAUUCAUAAGGAAGAUCUAGGGUUGGUCACUCAAUGACCACAGUACAUAUCUCAUUUCUAUUUGGUCUUGGUCCCGAGCCCUGACUCUGAGUUCCCCAAACCCUCGUAAUUCCAAAGUGUGGGGAGUGAGGAAGGUGACUUUUGUUAGGUCCACCAGGUGACUCUGGGCAGCACCGAGGCGGGGGCCUGGCUGCCAGGAGAAC